AUGGAUGUGAUCUUUGGUAGAAAUAAAGAGGAGCACCCAGAGCCCAUAAAAGCAGAGGUGAAAGGUGAGCUACCAAGCUGGCUGCAGGGGAUUCUUCUUCGCAAUGGCCCAGGCAUGCAUACAGUGGGGGAAACCAAAUAUAACCACUGGUUUGAUGGCUUGGCUCUGGUGCACAGUUUUACAUUUAAAAAUGGCGAAGUUUACUACAGAAGUAAAUACCUCCGCAGUGACACAUAUAAUUGCAAUAUAGAAGCAAACAGAAUUGUGGUGUCAGAGUUUGGAACUAUGGCUUAUCCAGAUCCAUGCAAAAACCUAUUUGCCAAGGCAUUCUGCUACUUGUCCCACACCAUUCCUGAGUUCACAGACAACUGCCUGAUCAAUAUUAUGAAAACUGGUGAGGAUUAUUAUGCUACAAGCGAGACUAACUUCAUUAGGAAAAUUAAUCCUCACACUCUGGAGACAUUAGAGAAGGUUGACUACAAUAAAUAUGUAGCGGUGAACCUGGCGACUUCUCAUCCCCAUUAUGACAGCGCUGGAAAUGUUCUCAAUAUGGGCACCUCUAUAGUUGACAAGGGGAAGACAAAAUAUGUUAUUUUUAAGAUUCCUUCCUCAGUGCCAGAGAAAGAAAAGAAGAAAUCCUGUCUCAAACACCUGGAAGUGUUGUGCUCUAUCCCUUCCCAGUCUCUCCUUCACCCAAGCUACUAUCACAGUUUUGGAGUUACAGAAAAUUAUAUCAUCUUCAUAGAGCAGCCAUUCAAACUGGACAUUCUCAAGUUGGCAACUGCCUACUUCAGAGGUGUCAACUGGGCGUCCUGCCUUUCUUUCCAUAAAGAAGAUAAGACUUGGAUUCACCUCAUAGACAAAAAGACCAAAAAGGAUAUAUCCACCAAGAUUUAUACAGAUGCCAUGGUCCUUUUUCACCAUGUGAAUGCUUAUGAGGAGGACGGCCAUGUUGUUAUUGAUGUAAUUUCCUAUCCGGACAAUAGUCUAUAUCAAAUGUUCUAUUUAAAAAACCUGAAUGAAGACUUGGAGAAAAACACCAAACUCACUGCCAUACCAGCCUGCAAGCGAUUUGUGGUUCCUCUGGGGUUUGACAAGGAUGCAGAAGUAGGUACUAAUUUAGUCAAACUUCCAUCAACUACUGCAACUGCUCUGAAAGAAAAAGAUGGAAACAUCUAUUGUCAGCCUGAAAUGUUAUGUGAAGGAAUAGAGCUGCCUCGCAUCAACUAUGAUUAUAAUGGCAAAAAAUACAGAUAUAUCUAUGCAACAGAAGUUCAGUGGAGUCCAGUUCCCACAAAGAUAGCAAAAGUUGAUGUUCUGACAAAGAAAAAGCUCAGCUGGGAGGAGGAGCACUGCUGGCCAGCCGAGCCGGUCUUUGUUCCCAGUCCUAAUUUAAAAGAAGAGGAUGAUGGUCUUAUUUUAUCCUCCAUUGUGACAUCAGAUCCCAGGAAAGCACCUUUCCUGCUCGUCUUGGAUGCUAAAACAUUCACAGAGAUGGCUCGGGCCACAGUUAAUGUAGACUUGCAUCUGGACCUGCAUGGAGUCUUCAUACCAGAGAAGGAUUUGAACACAGAGCGUGAAUAG